AUGGCAUCGCAGCCAAUGGCUCCCGAGCCUCCGCGGCCCAGCCGGCAUCUCACCGAAGUCGAAGAACGCCUGGAACGCGCCGAGGGCUUGUUGCGGACGUUCUUGACAGAGGCUCAGGUCAACCAGAUGCUGGCGCAGGGGCUCCCAGAUGGUCCCCUGCCGUCAAUACCACAGGGCUCGUUCCCAGACUCGAUGCUGAACACAGCCGCUCAGACAACUAAAACUUCGCGACGACGGGAUAGCAUGUCGCCAAGUAGUGCGGACCUCGAGCGUGAUGGCAACUUCAACUCCAACUUUGAUAGGCCGGUGCCCUCUCGGUCCGUUACCACAGAAGAAUCUGGCCACGAGUUCGAAGCCGUGCCAUUCGCAGCUGAUGAUGAUUUCGAGUGGGACGAGCGAGAGUCGUUGUGGACGCUUGGAGAUACCCGUGGGAGAACUGCUAGCUUCGACGCUGACCCCGAAAUACCGAAACUCACCGAUGGAAUGGCCACUUUGACCGCCAACGAUACGAAUACAGGUUUCCUAGGCUCCGUAUCUGGGGCCUCGCUGCUCCGGCUUAUCGCAAGCAGCAGCAACGGCUCCUCCCCCUCCCAUCCUGGCUUCAAGAGCGAACAUCGCGGUCACCAGUUAUCUGACAUCCCUGACUACGCUUCACCAGGGCCCGCGCUCAGAGCGCAACCCUUACUCACGCGGCAGUUUGUAGACACCCUGAUCGAUGCCUACUUCCUGCAUUACCAUCCCACAUUUCCAAUACUACACGAACCGACCUUUCGCGGACACUACAGGAAUCUAAAUAAUAUCCCCAAAGGCUCGUGGCAUGUCCUGGCCAACUUGGUAGCUGCCCUUGGCUCCUUCGUUUCGAGUCCAUGCUCCGAUGACACCCACAUGACUCUUUUUAACGCCGUCAAGAGCUCUCUUAGCAUCGAGUCUCUUGAAGCCGGAAGUCUCGGUCUCGUACAAGCCUUCGCCAUGGCCGCCAACUACCUCCAGAAACGCAACCGGCCAAACAGUGGCUACAACUACGGCGGCCUCGCUCUUCGGCUCGCCAUCUCUCUCGGUCUACACAAAGAAGUCCACGGGUGGCAGACAACCCCUCUCAAAAAGGAGAUUCGCCGCCGUGUUUGGUGGUCUCUUUGCGUCCUCGACGUUGGCGCUACUGUGACCUACGGUCGGCCGCUCAAUUGGCCUCGUGUUGGUGUCGAUACGCCAUUCCCACUUAACAUUCGCGAGAGCGACCUCUUGGCCUCGUCCACCGACCUUCCACCUGAAGUCAACGAAGCCACCGUCUAUACCUAUGUCACCACCCAGUCAUCCUACCACCUGCGCACAAUGCGUAUCUACGAUCGCCUCAUCUCGAUGCCCGUCCCCACGGCCGACGAGCUCACCUCCCUGGAUGACGACUGCAUCGAAGGCUGGCGCAAGAGCCUGCCAGCCCACUACCGCGACGAAGAUCUCCCUCUCCCUAGCGAAACGUUUCUUGGCCACUCUCUAGGUCGCUGGCGCUACCGUGUUAUGCGCGUGGUUAUGUACCGUCCCUUCCUCCUGCGUUGGGCGCAGAACGGCUUCCCGCCCCUCGAUGGCUCCGGACCACCGCUGCCCAACGGCACAAAAUUCACCGACGCCGAGAACCACGCCACCAAACGCUGCCUCGCGGCCGCCGACGAGUGUAUCUCCUGCCUCUUCCGCUUCUGGACUACCGCAACGCACACGCGCCUCGCAGCGUGGUACGUCCUAUACUUUCUCCUCCAAGCCGCCCUGAUACCCAUCCACUGCCUACGCCGCUCGCCGACGCACGCCGACGCGCCCGCAUGGCGUACCCAAGUCCUCACGGCGCUGAACGUCAUCACCGCCAUGAAUAAUAUUAAUCCCUCAGCCCACAAAUGCCGCGACAUCUUCUACCGGCUCUGCGGCGACAGUCUGCCACGCCCCAGUCCGGAAGAGGAGGCCGGCCGCGGCGCAGGCGGCUUCAGCCGCAGUCCGCCACCGCAACAGCAGCAUCAUCAACAACAACAACAACAGCAGCAACAGGCACAACAGGCACAACAACAGCAGCAACAGCAGAACGUUGCUGGAGGCCAGCAGUAUCGCUUUGAGAUACCGAUGGCUGUGCAAGAGGGGAUGGAAGAAGAGAUGGGCGAGGCCUCCGGCGCAGCUGACGGCGGCCCAACAGAUCCCUGGAUGCAGGAGAUUGACACGGCGAUCGACGGAUAUGACGUGUACGUCGACCGGCUGACCAACGGUGGCAUUGUGGGCGGCGAAGGCCUGUUGUCGCAUUGGGGCGGGCGUGGCUUCGCUGGCGGUGGCGGCGGCGGCGGCAGUGGAGGAGGAGGUAGUGAAGCAGGUGCUGGGGGAAUGCAGGGCUGGGGCCAGGGAGCGGACAUGACGUCGCAGGAUUGGGAUUGGGGCCUCAUGCUGUAA